CCCUCCCCCCUCUCUUCCCUUCAUCGUCCCCAAUUCUGAAGUUCCGGUACCGGAAUAUUGUUGAGUAUGAAGUUCGGGAAGAGACUGAAGCAGCAGAUUCAGCAGACACUGCCUGAGUGGCAAGACAAAUUUCUGUCUUACAAAGAGUUGAAGAAGCUGGUUCGAUUGAUUUCUUCAGCUCCGUCAGUGUUGAGCAGAUCCACCGAGUGCGGUAACAAGGCCGAUGCCGAGUUCGUCUACUUGCUGAACCAAGAGAUCGAGAAGUUCAAUGCCUUUUUCGUGGAGCAGGAAGAGGAUUUCAUCAUUCGCCAUAAGGAAUUACAACAAAGGAUUAAGAGGGUGAUUGAUACAUGGGGAUCUAAUGGAAGUCAUCCUUCAGAAACGAAGUAUAAAGAAGAGAUGGGAAAAAUUAGAAAAGAUAUUGUCAAUUUCCAUGGCGAAAUGGUGCUCUUAGAGAAUUACAGCAACAUGAAUUACACAGGUAGUCUAUAAUUUAAGCCUCGGCCUUUGCUCUCACUAGAUACCAAUAUACUGUUUCUUGAAAUCGAAUUCAUUUUAUUAAAAUUAACAAGUUGAGUUUUGCAGGGUUGGCUAAGAUCUUGAAGAAAUAUGACAAAAGAACAGGAGGGUUGUUGCGCUCACCCUUUAUCAAGAUGGUUUUACAGCAGCCAUUUUUCACUACUGAUCUUGUUUCCAAGCUUGUAAAGGAAUGUGAAAACACCAUAGAUGAAGUGUUCCCAGUGGAGGAAGAAGAGAGAACAAAAGAAAGAAAAGAAGCAAUAAC